UCGCCCUAGACUCGCCAUUUGUUUUCAUUCAGUAUCGUGUACGAUUAUUUAUACUUGGGCUUUCAAUUAUUGGAUUAUUACUCGAUUUUGCCUCACGCCCACGGCCAAAGCCCAUCCCGAUGGUGCAUGCCCAUUCGAAAGGCCCAUAUUGUCAAAACGUUCCCCCUUUAUGAGAAAUGUCGUUUAGUUAAUUGUUUAACAAAAGAUGGUUGUGCAUAGAAUACCUCAAUCAAAUAAUAUUGUGAUAAGAAGUAAUGAAGUAUCUCUUGAUAUUAAAAAAAUGGAAGCUACAGUUCUCAACGAUAAACCGGCUGAUGUUCCUUUGGUCCCAUGGAAAAAUACAUUCAACAUGAGGCCUCUGACGCUGGCAGCAUUGUCAAACGGUAAAUCGGCGUCCAAAUCGCUGCAGAGCCCGUUAAGCAGGAUGAAAUGCAGGACCAUCACCAAUGCGGCCAAAUCGUUGGAUAUACUCAGGCAGAACUUGCAGGCAGCCAUUAACAAGGAGAUCGAUCUCGUCGUUAGAAAAUAUUUAGAAAAAUUUUUUCAACCUGCUGUUAGAAAUAUUAAAGACAAUCUUGGCCCUGGAAGCGUAAGUGAAGAAUUGAUCAAAGAAGUCUGCAAAGCUAUGUUGGAAGAAGCGAAACAGAUGUACUGUGCAGGCAUCUCUGCAGCUCUCACCAAAACACCCCCAUCAUCUACAUUGUUACCGAAUGCCACAGAGCAGGUGAACCCAACUCGGAAACGUAAGGUUUCAGAGACAGCCGAUGAAACAUCGCAGAGAAAGAGGGACUACCCUCCACUUGUCAAGUGGGACCCGUCCAGAGUCAACAAAGACACCCAGUUCAUACUUUCAACAUGUGCCAAUAGAGCUGUCGGACUUGGUGCGAUUAGAGGAAAGCUGAGCACGAAACAUCCUGAACUAGUGAAAUACAUGGUCGAUCAGGAUGACAGGGAGUGGCUCAGCACUGCUCGUGCACCUGGUCUCAUUCCUGGAACUCCAAAUAUCUCCUUAAUGUUUCUUGAGGACAUUGUCCAGCUCGUCCAUUCUGAUGAAUACAAAAACAACCCUAAUGUGUGCUUGAGCGAAUUGAAAGGGUUUGAGGUGCCAGACUUCAUCCAGAGAAAAGUUCGAGCCUACAUGACGCUCAUGAGGACAAAGUAUCUUCCACCAGUGCCGACACCCGACUUUGUUAAGCCAAAGAGUUGUGGCAAGUCUACACAAAAUUUCGAAGAGAUACAGAUGAGUGUUGGAGUCGGAGUGGAAUGUGUGUCUUCUUCAAUGAUGCCUACUCUAUUUGACACAGGAUUGAUAGAACUCGAUUCUCAGUUCUUCAGCCUGGCUGGUCUCGAGGACGAGGGUGAUUAGCACUUACUUUCGCAAUACCCGAACACUUCUUGGGUAUUUGCGUCAGAACUCAAAUAAAAUAGCGCAACACCUGACAUGAAAAUUGUCACGUCUAAUAAUUAGACAUUACCUAUCCGCCCUUACAUAUAUCAUCUGGCCGGUGCCUUCAUGAUUCCUGUAAACUUAAUUUUCUUCAUGUUGUGAAAAUAAAAUUUAAAAUACUAAAAAAAAGAAAAAAAAGAGAAAACUAUAAAUAUAAUAAAUUUGACUAUUGAUAAGGAAACUAUGACAAUGAAUAUGGCAAUGAAUUCUGAAUGUUUAGCUCAUCUUGUUAGGGUUUUUAUUGUAUGUUAAGCAUAUCUUUUAUGCGCUAAAAAAAGGGAAAAAUGAAAAAAAAAAAUCGCUCAGGAUUUAAUGUGAUCCGGCAAUAAACGAUGUGCAUUUUCUAUUAAGCAAUUUCUUAAAAUAAAAUGUUAGGGUAGUUUGUGUACUUAUAAUCAUUGUUUUGUGAAAACAUCUUCAAGACUAUAUUUAAAAGAAAAAUUACAAAAAAAAUUGAAGAUUUAGAAAACAAAUUGUAGGUAAUCUCGUAAAGUGCUUAUAAUUUAGUCUAAUGCAAGUUUAUUAGAUGAUGAACCUCUUUUUAUAGAUGUGUAUUUUAUUCUUGUAAAACUUGCGUUUAAUUGUACCGCUUCUGUGUUUUUGUAAAACCUACCUAAUGCUACUAGUUAGCAUUAUAGAAAGUCUUUCAUAUGCAUUUAAUCAUAAAGAACCCCAGUUUUCUUCACCCGGUAUGUUAAAACCAUCUAAAUUACAAUCCGAAAAAAGCCAAAAAUUUCUAGUCUAAAUAGAGAAGUUCAACUAGUUUUAAGAUGUUUAUUCAAAACAUUUGAUUAAGACUUCUAUUCUAUCUUUAGUGUCCAAUCGAAAUACGUACCUAAAAAUAAAGUAUUUAACAAAAAACAAAGUGUAUUAUAUAAAAAUAAAUUACUAGAUUAAUUUCAUUGCUCAUGUUUUAAAACAAAAAAGAAGUCAAUUUUAAUAUAUAAUAUGUUACAAUUAUUUGGUGUUCUGAGUUAGAAUUUUAUGAUGAUUAAAUUAACUGAUUAAUAAGGGUAAUAUUAGUUAUUUAACUUGUUAUUUAUUAUAAGCCAAUUGAUACCGCUAUACUAUUAUAUCAACCCAUUUUAUUCGUCCUGAUCUGGUUUUUCCAGAAUUUUUUCGUUACCUUUUGUUUUCGUUACAAAGUUUUAAUCUAAUCAUUGUUGUCAAUUGUGAUUCUAUCUCAUUAAACUAGGUAGACGGUACUAAAUGUUGUAAAUAGUUUAGAUUAUGAUUAAACAUUAAUAGAUAAAACAAGAAAAAAAAGAAGAAAACAAACAGUUUAAAAGAUUUGUCUAUCAUUGUUUUAUAAAUAUAAUAAUAGAUCUGUCUGUGAUGGCAUGAAAUGUCCUAUUGUUACAGCUUAUGUAUUUAUUUGAGAAAAAUACAUAAUUACAUUAUGGAAU